AUGUGUUGGAAAAUAGUUCGCUGGCAUAUUGUGAUCAUUCUUUACAUUGGAGCGCUAAGUACGGAUGGUAUUUUCCGAAAUUCGCUUGUGCUGGCCAAUCACAUUUCAUUCAAUAAUAUUCAAUGUCAGUCGAAUGAUGAAAAGUAUUUUCAAUUUUCACAAUGUGAUUUGAAAUUACAAAAACGCGGAUUUAAUGAAUUGAAUAUAUAUGGGAAAUUGCUUAAAACAGCUGACAAUAUAACGGUGAAAGCCGAACUAUUUCGCAAAACUAACGGUUACACGCCAUUUAUUUACAAAUUCACCUUGGACUUCUGCGAUUUGAAACGUUUUCCCCAACGUCAACCCGUCAUGUCUAUGUUCUUUAAAUAUUUGGAACGAAAUAGUAAUUUGAAUCACACCUGCCCAUAUGACCAUGACAUAAUUUUGAAGAAUUUCGUUAUGCCCGAUGAUGUACUGAAGUUACUUCCAUAUCCCAAAGGUGAUUAUAUGGUGCAGUUGGGGUUCGCUGCCUACAACCAAUGGAUUAUUUCUGUGAAGGCUUUUGUUAAGGUAGCCGAUUGAGUACAUAAAUUAAAAAUAUCUUAC